AAACCUCCCAUCGCCGAAUUCGCCUAAACUAUUCCCCCAAUCUCCGAACCCUAGGCAACCACUGCGGAAUCAUGGCUGCGGAAUCUCCCAUGGCUACCAAGCGGCCGAAUCCGACGAAAGACCUUCCAUCUCCUGCUUCUUCCGAAGAAGAUGAUGAUACUUCCUCCGCCGAUGAAGCCUCUUCCAACGAAGAACUGCCGUCGCAGGAUAGAACGUUGGCUUCCCAUUCACAAGGUCAACCGAAGAAGCAAGCUGUUCAGAGCUCCGAUUCCGACUCCGAGCACGUCUCUGAUACGGAUUCCGACUCUGAUCCGCGGCCGAAGAGCUCUGGCGUUCUGCACAACGUGAAGCCCAUCGCUUCCCAGCCCCAGCCUAAAGCUGCGGUUCCUGCCUCUUCCUCAAAAUCUACGCCGGUGAGAAAAAGGGCGAGUGAAACUGAAAGGGAAGCAAAGGACGCCAAGAGGCAGAAAGAGGUGGUGGAACACAACGUGGACGGAAACGGUAAGAAAGAAAAUACGCCGAGAGUGCUCUUCCAGCGGCUAUGGGGUGAGAACGAUGAGAUCGCGGUGUUGAAUGGGCUGAUCGAGUUCGCCGAGAAGGAAGGAGCUGAUUCCUGCAAGGACAUGGCGGCUUUCUAUGACUUCAUCAAGAAGUCUGUGGCUGUGGAUGUGUCGCUGUCUCAGUUGAAGGAGAAAGUUAGAAAAUUGAAGGGGAAAUUCAAGAGUCACGCCAAUGGGAAGAAUGGUUUGGACAAGAGCUUUAGCAAAGCUCAUGACCAACAAACUUUCGACUUGUCGAAGAAGAUCUGGGACAGUCAGGGAGAAUGUCUUCUAGUUCGAAGUAAGUCGAGCGGAAAAGUGAAUAAGAGCGGUGGUGCUAAAGGUAUAGGUAGCAGUAAAAGUGCAUCAAAGGCUGCUGAUUUGAGUGCAGCGAAUGGACAUGAAAAUGCAAAGAGCAUCGGCCGUGGUAGAAAUGCCGGAAACGCCAAUAGGAACGCCGCUAGUGCUGCUUUGGGAGCAGGGAAUGUAGGAGAGGAAAUGGUGGAAAUCGACUGGGUCAAUGAUCGGAAAGAUGGGUUAAGCUUUGAUUGGAGUCCAGCUGGUGCAGAAGUUGAGGCCUUUGUGGUGAGCAAGGGGAUGGACAUGGUGGAUGGAUCGGAAAGAAACGAGCUUGCUAGAAGAUGGAAGGAGCUCGAUAUCGAAGCUUUGGAGAACUUUGUUAAGAGGAAUCAAUUGAUCCUUGAUCAGGCUCAGUUGAUGCUGGACAGCAUCAGCAGCAGGUGAAGAUCGAUUCGAAGGAAGCUAGAUUUGGUGAAGGUAGAACUGCAGCAUCUAACAAGUCAGAUGUCCUUUUGUUACUAUGUUUUUUAUUUAUGUGGAGGAGAUGUACCAAAUGCUUUUGGGAAAAGUCUUAUGAAGAACCUGUGAUCCAUAUUGACUCUCGAUCUACAUUUUGCUUUGUUGGAGAGAUUAGGAGGCUUCGUAAGGCUUAUUGUCAUCUUUGGUGUUUUGGUUCUUGCUCAGUUGUUGUAUAGGUUUCGAUGUUGAUGCUUUCUCGUGAUUGUUAAACCGGUGUGAUCGCUUUCGAUUAGUUGAAAUGGUAAGAUGUGUUUGUUGGUAUCUUUCCCGCUUCUUGAAUGGUGGCGGUGAAUGAUGCCUUCUUGAAUGACUGUGUUCUUUUUUUUUUUUUACAAUAAAUCAACUUUUAUUCC